CUGUGCUGCCCCUUGGAGGUUGAUGGUGAAUAAUGCACUGAGCUGGUAUCACUACACCAACCCGCUUGUCCUGCUGGGGCUUUAUUACACUGUAGCUACACUGUGUAGGAAACAGGUAUGUGAACAAGGAGAGAGUGAAGAAGGAGACGAGUCACCUGUUCAAGGGAACAUCACAGCUGAUAGGAGGAGACAGCUCUGGAGGGAGUCAGAGGUGUUGGCUUCCACCAGUGACAGUGCUGCUCAUUUCUCCAUAUCCCCACCCACAAAGAACACCCCACUCAGAUUGGAUCGCUACUCCCAACCCCACUACUCUCUCAGCCAAUCAGAUGGGGGAGGGAGCAGUGUCUUCCAGUCAGACAGCUGUGGGGGAGACUGGCAGGAGGAGGGGAGAUGGAAGGAGAAUGGAGCAUGUGUCGCCUUCAGCAUCCUCCUCAAACAAAGUUACAUCUGUGCACUGAUUUCUAUGAUGGCGUGGUCGAUUACAUAUGUCUCAUGGCUGACAUGUGUUCUGCUCCUGUGGUCAUGCACUCUCUGGAUGCUAAGAAAUCGACGCCACUACACAAUGAUGUCAUCACCAUGGCUGGUCGCCUAUGGCAACCUGCUGGUGGUUCUCCAGUAUGUGUACAGUUUCCCAGUGGUGGAGGCUGUGCCAGGACUCUUUCUGAAGAAGGAGGUGCCCUGUAAGGAGCUGGCCUCCAAGAUUGUCUGCCUGAUGACUUUCUGGCUGCUGUUGCGUCAGGCCCUGACAGAAAAGACAGACCGACAGACAGACCAACACCUCGCAGCCAUCACCAUCCACAGGAAGGAGAACCAAAGAGAGGACCAGCAGAGCAAGGAGGCAGCCUUUUUUCAGCAGGAAGAGCAUGAGGUGCUGCGGUUGGGAAGUGGAGGGGGUGUUGGACAGAUGGAGGUGUUGGUUGCUGUGGUUACAAGGAUGUUUGUGAAAUACUGGAUCUACAUUUGUGGCACAAUGUUCUUCUUCGUCAGCUUCGAGGGAAGAAUUGUAGUUUAUAAAAUAAUCUACAUGUUGCUGUUUCUCUGCUGUGUGGCCCUUUAUCAGUUGAACUAUGAACGUUGGCGUGCCUUGCUGCGUUUUUUCUGGGUGGCUGUGGUCGUCUACUCCAUGUUGGUUCUCAUUCUGGUUUACACCUUCCAGUUUCCUUCCUCCCCCAAAACCUGGACCUACUACACUGGAAUGAGCACACACAGGUUAGAAGAUCUUGGUUUAGAGAAGUUCUCCGUUCCUGUUCUCUUCACCAGAAUCUUCAUACCUGCUGCUUUUCUUUUGGUGUGUAUUCUUCAUCUCCACUACUUCCACCAGCCUUUCCUCCAACUGACUGACCUCAAGACGGUGAUUACCACACAUACCAGCCCUAUAACCAGACUGGUCCAUGCAGAGGGAAGUCUGGUGGACCUGUCAUUCGCCAGACCUCCACCUCACUCCCUGAAGGAAGAAAGGGGCUGGCAGGAGGACCAGAGAAGAGAGGAUGAGAAAGAGGAUGAAGAAGAAGAAUAUCUAUGUAUGUUGAGCAGGGAAACCCCUUCUGACCAGAUGACAGACCUACGCUCAUCCUGGCGUCUGGUGGUAGACCGGCUCACUGUCUUGUUCCUGCACUCCCUACGCUCUCUACAGGAGCUACAGCGCCUCUUCUGGUGGUUAAUGGAACUGCACAUCAUUAAGUUCGUCUCUGCCUAUAUCCUCUGGGUGUCUGUCAAAGAGGUGUGUGUGUUUAACCUUGUGUUUGUGGUGUGUUGGGUGGUAGCUUUACCGUAUAGACCAUGGCGCCCCCUGGCAUCUAGCAUAUGUACUGUCUGGACCUGCAUCAUCACCGUUUGCAAGAUGCUGUAUCAACUCUAUGCCAUCCAACCCAGCAACUACUCAUCCAACUGCACUAUGCCCAGUAACUCCAGUCAGGAAAUGGCCUCCUCUAUCCUGUACUCUGGUCCAGUUGACCCCGCCCAGUGGGUGGGGCUACGCAAAACUGAUGGCAAACUACUGGACUACCUUAGGUACAACCUGGUGAUGUUAGCACUGCUAGCUUUUGAGGUGACUAUUUACAGACACCAGCAACUCUACCGUCUACGUAGCAACAUAGCCCCACCCCCUACCAGGAGCCUGUUCCAGGACAUCACUCGGCAAGUCCUUGAUGAUGGGCUGCUGAGCUGCUGCAAAUAUUUUCUCAAUUAUUUUUUCCAUAAGUUUGGAGUGGAGACCUGUUUCCUGCUGGCGGUGAAUGUUGUUGGUCAGCGGAUGGAUGUGUUUGCUGUGGGCCACGCCUGUGGCCUCAUCGCCGUCCUGUCACGGCGCAGCAGGAAGAGAAUCGCCUCGAUCUGGCCAAAAUAUUGUUACUUCCUGUCAGGAUCCUUGUGUUUCCAGUACCUGUUGUGUAUUGGCUUCCCUCCAGCUGCAUGUACAGACUACCCCUGGAGGUCUCCAUCCUCCUACAUGGACUCUAAUGUUGUGAAGUGGCUUUUCCUGCCCGACCAUCUGACACCCCCGAACCCCCUCUUCCUCCUCUAUGACUUAAUGCUCCUGUUAGGAGCCUCCAUGCAGCUCCAGGUGUUUGAAGAGGAGACUCAGCUGUCUUUUCAGAUCCUGGCAGGAGACAACAGCGAGCUGGAUGGAGAUGAUGCACAGUGCACUGAGCCAAUCAUGCAGCUCCCGUUAAACACCACCCCUGAUUUUAUACGCUGCAGGUCCUAUCUUGACAUGCUGAAGGUUAUCAUGUUCAGCUACAUGUUCUGGUUUGUGCUCACCAUCAUCUUCAUCACUGGGACAACCAGGAUUAGUAUCUUCUGUAUGGGAUACUUGGUGGCCUGUUUUUACUUCCUGUUGGUGGGCGGGGACCUACUGCUAAAGCCAAUCAAAUCCAUCCUGGUCUAUUGGGACUGUCUAAUUGGCUACAACGUCUUUGUCAUUACAAUGAAGAAUAUUCUGUCGAUUCUGGCAUGUGGCUAUAUCAAGUCUCUGGUACUGAGUCACUGCUGGUUGAUCCAACUCUUCAGCCUUGCCUGCACCAUCAAAGGAUACGCUAAACCUGAGCAGAGCAGUCAGCAGUGUGAGCUGCCCAGCGACGAGGCCGGCAUCAUCUGGGACAGCAUCUGCUUCGGCUGCCUGCUGCUUCAGCGACGAGUCUUCACAAGUCACUACUAUCUUCAUGUAGUGCAGGAGCUGCACAACACACAGCUGUUGGCUUCCAGGGGGGCGGAGCUUUUUAAAGCAUCCACAGUGAAAGCAGUCAGAGCACGACUGGAAGUAGAAAAAAACUCAAUGGAUUUAUUGAAGAGACAGAUGGAGAGAAUAAAAGCUCGUCAGCAGAAAUUUCGCAGAGGAAAAGAGAGACUGCUCAGUUUGACCCGAGACAGCACCCAUACACACGUGGUGAGGAGUGGAAACUAUUAUCUGUUUGAGACUGACAGUGAGGAGGAAGAUGAGGAGGAGAGGAAGGAGGAGGACCUCCCUGAGAAAUCCGCCUUCCAGUUUGUCUAUCAUGCCUGGGUAACAGAUUCAAAGACGGCCAUGAGAGCUCGCAGCGCCCACAGACAAAGUCUGUGGUCAAAAUAUACCGUCGGACGCAAGAGGAGGAGAGAGGAGAACAGAGGAGUGGGCACCAUAGAGGCUGAUGAGGAGGCGGAGCAAGAGGAGAGAGAGGUGGAGCAAGAGGAGAGAGAGGCGGGGCAAGAGGCGGGUCCAGACAAUAUGUUGCACCAUGUGUCCAACAUGUUGAAGUUCUGGUGGGUUCUGCUGGGAGCUGUCCUGGACUCUCUGACGAGCUGGUUAAACUCUCUGUGUCAGGAGCACACUGACAUCUCCACUGUCCUCCGCAUGGAGCGCUGCAUGCUGACGCAACAGGCGAAACAGGGUACUGUGCCCUCCAGAGAGGCUAUCCAUGAUUAUUACCAACAACAGAUGUGCAGGCUCUCCAGGGAGUGUGGUAUGGACUACAGUACCCACAAGGCUGAGGGGGAGACAGACUAUAGUACCCAUGAAACCAUGGGGCAAUGGUCAAGGUGGGAACAGGUAGCAGAGAGCGAAAUGGAGGGGAGGGAUAGAGUGGUGACAGAAGGAGGUGCUUCAGAGAUAGAAAGAAGACUUCCAGAAACAGGAAGAGAACCUCUCGAAACAGGAAAAGGACCUCUAGAAACAGGAAAAGGACUAAUAGAAACAGGAAGAGGACCCAUAGAAACAGAAGAAGGACUUCUAGAAACAGAAAGAGGACCAUUAGAAACAGAAAGAGGACUUGAAGAAAUUGGAAGUGGACUUGUAGAAACUGGAAGAGAACCUCUAGAAACAGGAGUAGGACUUCUAGAAACAGGAAAAGGACUUCUAGAAACAGGAAGGGGAUCCAUAGAAACAGGAAGAGGGCCAUUAGAAGAAGAAAGAGGACUUGAGGAAACUGGAAGUGGACUUGUACAAACUGGAAGAGGACCUGUAGAAACAGAAAAAGGACUUGUUGCAACAAGAAGAGGCGGCUCUAGCGGCCCUGCUGCAGUAGUACAGGAAGCAGAGACUCUGUCAGCAGGAAGUGUGAUAUCUCACCAUCUCCAAACAGAAACACCAAGCCUAGGAGAUGGAACCCAACAGACGGCAUCAGCCGAUUUUAAAACAGAGACGGUAUCUGUCGAUCUGGAAGCAGAGACGGCAGACAGUAAACCAGAGACUGUACUGGGGGAAGACAUCCCAGCACACAGCAAAACUAUUUUUCCACAACAAACGUCAGCUGAAGACAGUACAUCAGAAACAGAGACUUCUUCCACAGCUUUGGCUGUUCAACCACAAAUGCACAGAGCAGCAGACUUUCAAACUGAUUUCCCAGAAUGCUCUGUGGCUAAAACUAGCCAGCGACCACAUCCUAGACUAUGCAGGAUGGAGAGAAUCGACUUAUCUUCCUCCUUCUCCUCCUCCUCCUCAGUGGAAGGAGGAAUGAUAGCAACAUCAAGUCAGUGCACGGCUCCCUGUUCUUGUCAGGAGACCUUGGACAGCACUGAGGAUUCAAACUGUCAACCUCCCUCUGACUCUUACAGUCAACACACACACUCAGAUGCACACACACUUCAGACACAACACACACACACACAGAACUUUCCUCCCUCCCCCCCCCUCUCCUCUCCUGUCCUCCCCCCCUCUUACAGCCUGGCUCUGGGCCUGGACUUCAGAGAAGGGAGAAAGGAGAAGAGGAGAAAGCAGAGGGGGUGGGGUAAGGGCGUGUCUUUAGGGUCCUUCAGAAAGCGGCUGUUCAGACGAGAGCCUGAGAAAAAAAAAGACUUCCUUUCUGGACCCACUUCCACUUCUUGUCUUACCCCUUCCUGCACCCAGGAGCUGACAGCAAGUGAGCUGCUGAAAAAAAAGAUGUUCUAUGAUGAGGAUUUGGAAGCAUCCGAUUGUUUCUAUGGUAACCAACCUCAGCUGCUCCAGCUAUGCUAUGCCCUCUACAACAUCCUGGUUGCUAGGUCAGAGACGGUGUGUUACCUGGUGAUCGUGCUGAACCACAUGGUGUCUGGCAACUGUCUCACUCUGCUGUUGCCCAUCUGUAUCUUCCUCUGGGCCAUGCUGUCUGUGCCUCGACCCAGCAAGACCUUCUGGAUGACCGCCAUCAUCUACACAGAGGUUACCAUAGUGAUCAAGUAUUUUUUCCAGUUUAGUUUUUUCCCAUUUAACCAGAAGGUAGAGCUAGAGCGCUCCAAACCAUUCCAUCCUCCCAACAUCCUGGGAGUGGAGAAGAAGGAAGGAUAUGUCAUCUAUGACCUCAUCCAGCUACUGGCCCUCUUCUUCCACAGAGCCAUCCUUAAGUGUCAUGGUCUUUGGGAUCAGAGUGUUGCCGUGGAAACCUCCUGUCACGACAACGACCAGAAAGACACAACCCCCUGCCCUGCUCAAGCCUGGCAUCCUGACUCAGUUACACAGAAUGCCCUGCGGCAGCGCUCUGGAAGACAGAGCCGUACCUACUCCUGCUCCACCCACCCGCAUUCCUCUGGAGGUAGUGUGUGUUCCAGUGCUCAGCAGCCCACUAGAUCAGACCUGUUUUUGGAGAAACUGAGAGAAAUUCUCAUCAGAGCCAAAAAACUCACAGUCAGCAAGUGUGUGUGUGUCUGUGGGCCGGUGCUGGACUUCUUCAGGGCUCUGGUGCAGCCGGAGUACAGCGCUGUGACAGACGUCUAUGUUCUGAUGUUCCUGGCUGACACCGUGGAUUUCAUCAUCAUCGUCUUCGGUUUCUGGGCCUUUGGGAAACACACUGCAGCUGCUGACAUCACUUCCUCACUCUCAGAAGACCAAGUUCCUGAAGCCUUUCUUGUCAUGGUGCUGAUCCAGUUUGGUACCAUGGUGAUAGACAGGGCUCUGUAUCUCAGAAAGACCGUUUUAGGGAAGUUGGUCUUCCAGGUCAUUCUGGUUUUUGGAAUUCACUUCUGGCUGUUCUUCAUCCUCCCUACUGUCACUGAGAGGAGGUUUAAUCAGAACAGUGUUGCUCAGCUGUGGUAUUUUGUGAAGUGUGUGUAUUUCGGUCUGUCAGCGUAUCAGAUCCGCUCUGGUUACCCGACUCGAGUGCUGGGCAACUUCCUGACCAAGAGCCACAACUACCUUAACCUCUUCCUUUUCCAGGGGUUUCGUCUGGUUCCAUUCCUGACAGAGUUGCGUGCAGUGAUGGACUGGGUCUGGACAGACACAACUCUGUCUCUGUCUUCAUGGAUUUGUGUAGAGGACGUCUACGCACACACCUUUGUCCUGAAGUGCUGGAGAGAGUCAGAGAGACGAUACCCUCAGCCGCGAGGUCAGAGGAAGAAGCGUGUGGUUAAGUAUGGGAUGGGCGGCCUCAUCGUGGUCCUGCUGAUUUGUAUCGUUUGGUUCCCGCUGCUCUUCAUGUCUUUGGUCAAAUCAGUGGCGGGUGUCAUUAACAAACCUCUGGACGUCUCUCUGACCAUCACGCUGGGAGGCUUCCAGCCCAUCUUCACCAUGAGUGCCCAACAGAACCAACUCUAUGACCUGACUGAAGAAGAUUUCAAGACCAUCAUCAGUUCAUACAGCUACACACCUAGUGCUCUGCAGUUUCUGGAGGCAUACACCAAAGAAGAUGUGACUGUUGCAGAGCUGCAGGGCAGCAGUAACUCUCUGUGGACCAUCAGUCCUCCCAGCAGACAGUAUCUGAUGCAGCUUCUGUCCCUGGACCAGCACUUCCCCCUCACCAUGUCCUGGACCAUCCAGAGGAACCUGAGUCUCGGGGCAAAGGCUGAGCUGGCGUCUGGUAAACAUGUGACUUACCUGGAUGACCAAACCAGGCUGAACCUGAUUGAGCUUCUUAACGGGACCAGAGACUCCCCUGUGGUGAUAGAAAAUGUAUUUCCCUGUUUCUUGAGAGCUCCCAGUGACUCCAAUGCCAAGCCUAUUGAACAGCUCUACACAGGCGAGGUGUAUAAGAGCAUCCUUUUGGCGCUGGAGCGAGCCACCAGUCAGAGCAGAGACAUCCAGGAAUGGUGGAUAGUUGACCAAUCAGCUGACAUCUUGGUUCCUGUGAGCGGCAGCGAAUCUGUGAUUGACAGAAGAGGGGCGGGGCUGCAGCUGUUUGUGUUUAGUGAUAAAGUCAGUCCACCAAGUCUGGGCUUCCUGGCUGGAUAUGGGAUCAUGGGGCUGUAUGCAUCGGUGGUGUUGGUCAUUGGGAAGUUUGUGAGGGAGUUCUUCAGUGGGAUCAGUCACUCCAUCAUGUUUGAAGAGCUUCCCUGCGUUGACAGAAUCCUCAAACUCUGCACCGACAUUUUCCUGGUCAGAGAAACCGGAGAGUUGGAGCUGGAGGAGGAACUCUACGCCAAGCUCAUCUUCCUCUACCGCUCACCAGAGACUCUGAUCAAAUGGACACGACGCUGAUAACGCGGAUCAAUACCAGAUUAUCUAUAAAUGUUGGUUAUUAUCUAGAGACUGGAAUGGACCCUGGCAGACUGGACUGAUAGAUAUGACAUGUCAGUGUGUCUGUGAGGAGAGCGAUGCAGACUGACAGGAUUAACAACACCAUACUUCCUGUCUGGAAAACUGCACAAUCACAGUCACACACAUGGUCAGAUUAUUUCUACGGAGACAGGUGUGAUCACAUCAUCUCUAUUUAACAUUGAACCAGAAAUACUGUAGAAAAGACUUUCUUUACAUAUGGACCAGACAAACAGAUGUGUGUUGUUGUUCUUGGUCAGUGCAGAGUUGAUGAGGUUUUAUUUAAGUGCUGAAGGUAUUUAUUCAUGAGGAACACGAGACAUUGUGUGUUUAUUCAUGAGGAACACAAGUCAUUGUGUGUUUAUUUCAAUAAAAAUCCUUUUUUAUUUCAA